GCUCUGAAACAUACAAGCAUAGAAACAAAAAAAAAUACCGUUUUUCCAGUAUAUUUAUCCAAUAUUUAUCUCUUAUUUACUAUUCAUAUUUAACAGUAAUCAAUGUUGGAAUGUGCUAAUUAAAAAACUCAUUUUUUUAUCCACAAAAAUUGGAUGGUUUAUCUUUUCUUUCAAAAAGUGAGGUUAUAUGUUACAACGUUUGUCAUUUUUCAACUUUUGUCAAAAGCGUCAAUAGAUUUUUACAUAAACAAUUUCGUUAUUAAGAAAAAAACAAAUACUCUAAUCAUGAAGAAGACAAUAACAUUUGGUAAAAUUUCCACGAAUUUAAUAAAACAUUCCACGCCAAAGGAAUCUGAGGCCACAAGUUCAGGUUUUGGUACAUUUGGCAAAAUUCCUCAGGAACAAAAUAUUGUCACAAUGAAUGAGAUUUCACCCGAGGAAGAGGAAGAGACGGAAAAAAUGAAAAGAAUCAUGGGCAUGUCUUCUUUUGGAAGAAAAGCAAAAUCGUUCAAUGUUCAGGAAAUGAUGGAGAACAUUGUCAAAACCAUGAAUGCCAAAAAAUUAGAAAAAAAGACUCAAGCAGAGGAAGAAAAGGAGAAAAAAUCUGAGGGAGAAGAAGAUGAUGAUUUUAUCGGUCCACCUAUUCCAUCGUCAAUUAUCGAGGAGAAGAAAAACAAAACGGAAUUGAAGGAGAAGACGAAGAAGAAAUCAAAUGACAGUGAUGAUGAUGAUGAUGAUGAUGAUGAUGAUGAUGAUGAUGAUGAUGAUGACGACGAGGACAGUGAUUCCGAGGAAGAAGAGAAAAGUUUAAUAAGCAAAAUACCCUGUAGUCAUGAAGUGACAAUGAAUCAUGGAGUUAAGGCAAUAACAGCAAUUGCUGCCGAUCCAUCAGGAGCACGACUCGCAUCCGGAUCAAUGGACUACGACGUUUGUUUCUGGGAUUUUGGCGGUAUGGAUUCGUCCCUACGAAGUUUUAGAACUCUUCAACCUUGCGAGAAUCAUCCCAUCAAGUGUCUUCAAUAUUCCAUGACGGGAGAUGUAAUUCUUGUAAUUUCAGGAGCAGCCCAAGCAAAAGUAUUAGAUCGAGACGGUUUUGAAAAAUGUGAAACAGUAAAGGGCGAUCAAUACAUCACCGAUAUGGCACGAACAAAAGGUCACGUUGCCGCUUUAAAUUGCGGAUGUUGGCAUCCUUUUAUUAAAGAAGAAUAUCUUACUUGCUCUCAGGAUGGUACCUGCAGAAUUUGGGUUCUUAACAAACCCAGAGAACACAAAAACGUCAUAAAAUGCAGAGCACAAAAUGGAGUGAAAACAAUACCGACAACAUGUGCCUAUAAUCGUGAGGGAAAUGUCGUCUCUUGUGGCUGUUACGAUGGUUCAAUUCAAAUGUGGGAUCAUAGAAAAAAUUUCGUAAAUCCAUCACUGAUUAAUCGCAACGCACAUCAAUCGGGCUCGGAAAUAUCUAGUUUGAGUUUCUCCUAUCUUGGUCAUUUAUUGGCAUCGAGAAGCUGUGAUGAUUCAAUAAAAUUAUGGGAUCUACGUUCAUUUAAAACACCAUUAUCCGAGGCAAAAAACAUUUUCUCACGCUAUGACACCACCGAUUGUUUGUUCAGUCCCGACGAUUCAAUGCUCAUCACCGGCGAAUCAUUAACAAGAAAUGCAAAAUUCGGUCGUGUUCUAUUUUUCGAUACAAAAACAUUUGAACUCAUCAACGAAAUUGACGUGACCGAUUCGCAUGUCAUUAAAACUCUUUGGCAUCCAAAAUUAAAUCAAAUUUUCGUUGGUUGUGGUAAUGGAAUUGUCAAAGCCUACUAUGAUUCGAAUAAGAGUAUGCGUGGUGCAAAAUUGUGUGUGAUGAAGACGAAACAUAAGCAGAAGCAUAUUGAAAUGGUGUCGACGCAGCAAAUAAUUACGCCACACGCACUGCCAUUAUUUAGACAAGAUCGACCGAAAUCGGUGAGAAAACAGAUGGAGAAGGAUCGAUUGGAUCCAGUUAAAUCGAGACGUCCUGAUUUGCCAAUUACUUCGGGACAAGGUGGUCGUGUUGCAUCCUCUGGUGGAACAUUGAGUUCCUUUGUUAUUCGUAAUCUUGGUCUCAGUAAGAAAAUCGAGGACGAUCAGGAUCCAAGGGAGGCGAUUCUCAAGUUCGCAAAGGAGGCCGAGGAGAAUCCUUAUUGGAUCGCGCCUGCCUAUAAGAAGACACAGCCGAAGACCAUUUUUCUCGAUGACGAAUCCGGCGAACCUUCGAAUAAACGACAAAAACAGUGAAUUUCUCAGCGGUGAAGAAUUUUGUAAAUAAAGAUGUUUUAAUUUUCAAGGAAA